AUGAAGGCAGCCCGGAAGGAGUCUCCAUGGAACCAACAUCAGACGUGGUUCGCAGUCACCUGCCCCCCGCCUAAAGGAGUAUCAGGAGCUGUGUCGUCAGCAGAUCUUAAGGCUUGGAAGGUGAAGCAACAAGCUCAUUACAAGGCCCACCCACACAGUGACCCUCAGCACUUAUCAGUGUGGAAGGAGAUCCUGGAGAACUGGGAUCGUCUGAUGAUGGCUGUUCAUGAUGCUUUCACAAAAUCGGCUGCAUACUGGCAUCGCACCCAUGGCAUUCACAUUGCCAGUGUGGCAAUAUUCCCUGGUGACAAAGAGGCAGGCCGCCAAGCAUCAGGACUGUUCGCCGGCUCUGACAUGGUCAAGGCCCUCAUCAACUCACACCAACUGGAUAUCAAGUGUUGGCUAGAUGAGCUCACCACAAUCCUUAAGUACAAAGACUUGGAGGCCGCACAUUCCGAAGGCAAGACUUUCAGUUUGCUCCCCCCUUCUUCCACCACUCCGAACAGUACCCUCUUGUGUAAUGGCAAGCCAGCCAGGGAUAGGAACAGAAAGGUGGCGCCCAUGAUGAUCAGUGAGAAAUUUGCUGAGGCCGGCCACCCGCUCAAAACCUCAAACAGUAGGUGGCUGACCAUGUUGGACAUCCUAUAUGCCAAGAAGCUUGCAUACAUGAUUGGCCCACCGGUGUUCCCCCUGCCUGGCCUUGAUUUUGAUCUCAAGGCUCUAUCUGCAAGUCAACUAUGUGCGUUGGUUGCUCCAUAUCUCAGGAUUCAUCUCGGAGCCAUGUACGAGGCCGAGUUAGGCCUUGAUGACAACGACAACGACAGCGAGGCAGAGGCAGCGAAGGCAAAGAAGCGCAAAGGCAAGUCCAAGAAGUCAGGCGACAAGGGAAGGAAGAAGGGGCCGAUUGCAAAGGAGCCAAGUGUAGUAUUGCAUAUCAGCAGAUGGCCUGAAAGUGAUAUUCUUGCUCUUAAGAUGCAGGCCUCAAAUGCAUGUCUCAUCCUGCUCGUCAUCAACACUGAUGGCAGGGUUGUUCACACCCUCCAAGACUCGGAGAAACGCUGCACCAACGAGGUAAUCCAAAAACCCGCAAUCUCUAAUUCAGCAGCUUCGCGCUCAACUAUUGGAGCUUUGCGCCCCAAUCAGGAAGCUUUGUACUUCAACAAUGCAGCUCCGAGCUCCAACCGUGAAGCUUCGCGCUCUCAUCAAUAUACUAACCGAGUUAUCCAUGAGGAUCUCCUGCCUUCAUUGCCACCCCAGGAAGCCCCACACUUGCAUCGCCCUACUAACCGAGUCUUUGAUGACCUCCCGCCUUCGUCACCAUCAACACCAUCUUCGCAAUUCUUGUCUCCCCCUCCUAUUUCACGCUCGUCAACUCCUGUGCCAACCUCAGAUUAUUUGCAUGUCUGGUCCCGCUCUCGAUACAAGCCAUCCCACAAUGGAGCACUGCGACAUCAACAUGCAUAUAAUGAUGUUAUGCCAACGUACAAUUCAGAUAUUCGAAAACAGACUCAGCCCCAUUAUGAAUCUGCUCUGGAGACUGAAGACUUGGAGCGUGAAAUGGUAGAGGAGAGGCACCGUGUCAGGGUGCAUGACAAUUCCCAUAUACAUUCAGGGCGGGCCCAGUCGCAAAUUGGAAUGCAGAAGCCUGAAGAGAAAUCAGUUGGGAGUAUGGACGUCGUAACCAAUUUCUUGUUCGAUGUUGAUGGAGACGUCAUAAUGGAAAUCCAUCAGCCGUAUGACGAAUUGGAGGCGCAUAUGGAUGUUGAUGCGGACUUUGUCACGCUUGAAAGCAUGGAUAUUGCGCAUGCGGCUGGUGAAUUGGAGUGGCAUAUGGAUGUUGACGCAGACAUUGUUAUGCAUGAAAGCAUGGUUAUUUUGCAGGUGGCUGAUGAAUUGGAGUGGUGUAUGGAUGUUGAUGCAGACAUUGUCAUGCACGACAGCAUGGUCAUUGCAUAG